AUGGCCGACAAGUGCACCGAUAGUGGAAAUUUAAUGGCCAUAGCCCAACAACUCAUCAAACAGAAGCAACAACAACAAUCACAGCAGCAACACCAACAAGAACAGCCGAAUCAAUUCUUAGGUUAUACUCAAACCGGUUCAGAUUUCUCCGACCCGUUUCUGGUAACCGGCGACCUUGGUUUUCAGUUUCCACACUUGGGCCAUCAAAGCGCCGUCGUUUCCGAGGGUUUUAGGUUUUCCUCUGACGGAGAGUUCGACGGGGACGACUGGAUAGAGAGUCUAAUCAACGGUGGAGAUGCGAGCAAUCAAGACUUUUCAAUCCACGGCCAUGAUCUAUUCCCGAGUCGACUCAGUGUUCCGUCGGAUCUUAACCCAGUGAUAUACUUUGAUGGAGAUGACUCAACGAGUCAACCAACUAACCUGCCGGUUUCCACCACCACUUUGUGGGCCCCAAAUCCGCCUCCCUCUUCAUCUCCGCCGCAGCUAGUAACAAAGGAGCCAGACUUUGACUUAAACAGGCCGGUUCUGAAAGCUAUUCACGAUUGUGCACGGGAUUCAGAAAUCGAACCGGACGCCGCCGCGGAAACACUUGUUCGGAUCCGAGAAUCCGUAUCGGAAUCGGGCGACCCGACGGAGCGAGUUGGGUUUUACUUCCGUGAAGCUCUGUGUAACAGACUGUCGUCGACGACGGCGAAGAAGGAAACGGAAUAUCUACCGUCGUCGCUCGAAGAUUUGAUCCUCUCUUAUAAAACCUUAAACGACGCUUGCCCUUUCUCCAAGUUCGCUCAUUUGACGGCGAAUCAAGCGAUUCUAGAAGCUACACAAAAAUCCAGCAACAUCCACAUCGUCGAUUUCGGGAUUUUCCAAGGUAUUCAAUGGGCUGCUCUCUUGCAAGAUCUAGCCACCCGAGCUUCUGGAAAACCCGCCCGAAUCCGUAUUUCGGGUAUACCCGCUCCGUCUCUCGGUGAAUCGCCGGAACCGUCUCUGAUCGCUACAGGAAACCGCCUACGCGAUCUCGCUACGCUUUUGGAUCUGAAUUUCGAGUUUUAUCCGAUUCUCACUCCAAUUCAUUUAUUAAACGGGUCGAGUUUCCGGGUCGAAGCAGACGAGGUUCUCGCCGUUAAUUUCAUGCUCGAGCUUUACAAGCUUCUCGACGACACGGCGACGACCGUCCAUACUGCACUCCGGCUGGCCAGAUCACUAACCCCGAGAAUCGUGACUCUUGGUGAAUACGAAGUGAGUUUAAACCGGGUUGAAUUCGCUAACCGGGUCAAAAAUGCUCUCCGGUUCUAUUCCGCGGUUUUCGAAUCACUCGAACCGAAUUUAGACCGAGAUUCGAAAGAAAGGCGGAGAGUGGAGAGAGUGCUUUUCGGUAGGAGGAUAUCGGAUUUGGUCCGAUCCGGUACGGGAACCCGAAUGGAAGAGAAAGAACAAUGGAGAGUGUUGAUGAAAAAAGCCGGUUUUGAGCCGGUUAAACAGAGUAAUUACGCGGUUAGCCAAGCGAAACAGCUCCUAUGGAACUACAAUUACAGCACAUUGUAUUCACUCGUUGAAUCGGAGCCAGGUUUCAUCUACUUAGCAUGGAAUAAUGUUCCUCUCCUCACUCUUUCCUGUUGGCGUUGA